CCUGACCGUCACCUGACCGUCUGCAGCCCCGCCCCCUGGGAACACAUCGCCAGGUGAGCUGCUGUGUGCACCGCGCGCGUUCAGGAGGCGCGGGGCGGAGCUUGAGCGUUCCCGUCAGCAGGUAUCCCCAUCUUCCCUGUCGUGUCCGGUCGCUUCUAAACUUCCGGUUCCAUCUGAGAACACCUGACUCACCGGAAGUGCUCCGCGGAUCCUCUGGAUACUUUUCCACCGAGUCAUGGACCCGCUUUUCUGUGCUGUUGUCGGAUAAACGGGUUCGGUGGUUUCUGUGGAGCUCCUCCUCCUCCAGAUACAGAUCCUGUGAUGCCUGAACUGGACCAACAGUGGACAGCACCGCAGGGUUCUGUCAGGACCCAGGAUGGACCGGAUCCACCUGGAUGUGGACUGUGAGUUGGACAGGAGGUGGGUUCUGUGGGAGGAGUUUAUGAAGGAACACGCCCACCUGGAUGCUUGGCUGCGAUUGGCUGAGCAGGAUGUCUGUUCCCUACCCAUAAGCCCCAGCCAGGUGACCUACGACAAGGCCAAAGAAGAACUGAGGAAGUUAGAGAGGUGGCGCUCUCAGGCUUCGUCUCGUCUCAUCCUUCUCGACCGUCUCACCCUUCGGACUCGAACGCUGACGCGGCUGUUCGACGGCGCCGUGCGAGCUCAGUUGUUGACGUGGGCGCAGGAGUGCGGCCGACGAUGGGACGAGGUCAGCGCCAAACUGGAGUCUGUCAGCGGUGGAUUAAAGCUGUUUGUCUCUGAGUGGGAGGAGUUUGAGGCAGAGAGGGAGGAGCUUGCCCUCUGGUUGGCUGACAUGGACGUCCGUCUGACGGAGGUCGACCGCCUGAUGGGAAACACCUGCCAAAAGCUGAGGCGUCUGCAGUGCCUUCAACAGUGUGUGUGUGUGAACUUGGACCGUGUGAACUCAUUACUUCUUCGAGGUGAGGCGCUGAUCUGUGGGAGCAGAACCACAGAUGCUGAACAGGUGGAGCGCCGCCUGGUGGACCUGCUGCAGAAGUGCACACACAUGUGCAACAACAUGACAAGGACACACACACGACUGCUCAGCAGGAAACUGGUCUUCGAGGACACCUGUCUUCAGUCUCAUGCCUCUGACUCUGGAUGUCCUUCUGAAAGCCUGUUAGAUGAUGAAGGAGCGCUUGAUAAACUCCACCUGGACCUCCCUGCCUCUCCAAACCACUGUACGUGUGUGGACCUGGAGCCUAAAGGGUUCGAGGCACCGUCUGCGUGUUCAGGGGGUCAGGGGGGGUUUGUGUGCACACACCUGCCCUCCUUCACGGACCCCCCACCCCCUUCCCAUGAACACCUGGGGCUGGAAUGGGACCCCUCGGUCGAUAUCGGACGCUCCGUCUCCUGUGACGAUGCAGACGCUGAGGUGUACGUCAUCUCCUGUACAGGUCUGUGCUGCACAGAUGGAGCCAAGAGGCCGAACUACCUCAGUGACAUCAGCGAUGACAUCACCAACCAAGAUGGCGACUCAGUUUGUAACGACCUGUUUAUGUUUAUUGGACAGAAGCUGCCGGAACAGUUAAAGCAGUCUGAGGACCAGCUCAACCAGGCCUAUAACUGUACAGUGACCAGAGGGGGCGGAGCCAGGCCAUCCUGGGACCAGUGGGUAACGCCCACAACUGUCAGACCUGUCAGUCAACCCAGUAGCUUCGACGGUGGCUGGGUGAGGGCGUGGCUGGGAGUUCAGAGCCCCGCCCCUCCCCCUCAGAGCCCCACCCCUCCCCCUCAGAGCCAGACUAAAGGCGUGCAGACCGACUGGGAGGGUGAAGAUGAGGGACUGGUCUGUGGACAAAGCGUACCCCCCCCCUCCAGCCCUCUGGCCCCCCCAGCCCUCCUCUGCAUCCUCCUAGCGGCUGCUGUGGUUCUGCUGGUCUUCCUAGUCUGGACCCCCCCGGAUCCCCCGUGCCACCACUGGGGCAGGACGCCCCUUAGCUUCCACCUGACCCUCACCUACGUAAACGGAGCCCCGCCCACCUGAACACAAGCUGGACCCUCACCUAUGUAAACAGAGCCCCGCCCACCUGAACACAACCUUCACCGUUACUGUAAACAAAGUAAACAGGAAUAGGACAGUUCACAGAAGGAUAUCACAUACAUAUGUAAAUACAGAUACCCCCCCCUUUCAUUUUUCUGGAUCGUCCACUGCUGACCUAUAAAACACCUCUGUGUUGGGAAGAAAAAUGACAUUUUAAAUUCAAUUUAUUUUCAUUUGAAGUUCUUGCUCCUGUUCAAAGGUAAAUAUGUUUUCAUCUUUGUCAUAUUUUUAAUCUAAAUCUGUGUCUGAUUUAAAUUUGAAUUCAACACAUUGUUAAAGUGUUUUCUGCGAACGUACCAGCAUGUAGCUGAACUCAGACCCAAUAAAAGGCUUUUAUUCC